AUGUUUCUUACUAGAAAACAGAAGAAAAAUAAGGAACUUUCAAAAGAUAUUUUUAGAGUAUUUCAGUGCAGAUUAUCUUGUCAUGUGUCCAGUUCAAGUUCUUUGAGGUUUACGUUCACCUCUCAUGCCAUAUCUCCCUGGGCAAGGUGCGGACUAAGUGCUGGAUAUGGGAUGUGGGAAUAUGACAAAGUGGGCAAAGGCACAAUUGAGGGAAGGGAGUUGUUUGGAGUUGUGGAUCCAGCACAUUCACAUUGGGAAUUAAUGUGUGGUUCAUGGUUCGAAGCCAAUUCUCCAAAGUGUUUCCCCCCACAAAAUUCACGCAACCAUUUGACUCCACCUCAAUGCAAUUUUGCAUGCACUAGGCUUCAAAUCAUACAAACCAUACCUCUUCAAAGCAAGGUCCUGCCACUCUGUGAGGCCAUGGCUCAGGCCACGGCUCAAGGCUUCAUGCAUGCAUUGUGA